GUUCAUUUUGAAAAAAAUGUCAAGUGAGCGAAGUUUCAUUAUGGUAUAAAAUGUCUUGAUACUUUUUCAAUGAACGAAGCUCCAUUAUGAUCCGUUUUAAAACUUUUCUACUGUUGGUCAUAUUCCCGAUCAGUGUUGCCACAAGAGUUGAUACAUCAUCAUGCAGGCAGCCAUUGGGUUUUCAAAAUGGUGCUAUUGCUGAUGAUCAAGUCCAAUGCAAUACAUAUUUUGCUUACAGCCAUUGUGCAAUUACCUGUUCCCAAGUCAGAUAUGCUAAAGGCUUGUAUCAAACAUUUCAAUGUUACGAGUCUGCUUACUUUAAAAUUACGUUUCCACAGACCACUGUUCUCACUGGAAUUUUGGUAGAUGUUAUGAGGGGAAGAGCAGAUUUCCAAAAUCUUUUGUCUUAUUGCCUUGCUUGUAGCAUACAGAAAUUUAAAAUAAUUUACAGCAAAGAAAACAUACAUUUUAAAGAAACACAGGUUUAUGAAACACCAAAUGUUACUAAUUACAUUUGGUUUGAUGUUGCCUUGUUUGUUAAAACAGUGGAAAUACAACCUACUCUUCCUUCCAGCGGUAUUGUAUCUGGCAGAUAUGAACUCUUUGGCUGUUCUUAUUGGAGCCACGGAAAACCCAUGGGAUUAGCUAGUGGUCGUGUUAGUGAUGAACAACUUGCAGAUGGUCAUAUAUAUGAAUAUCCUCCGUAUCUCAAUCCACAUGGUGCCAGAUUAAAUACCGCCAGAAUGGAUGGUUGGAGAUCUUCAAGUUAUUCCUGGUUAAGAAUUGACUUUGGGACUAAGCAAAAGAUAUUAUCCAUAUCUGUGCAACAACAUGUACCAGACUCCUCUAACACCAAUAGUUAUAAAAUAUAUUAUGGAGAUGCAAUGUUUGUUAAAAAGGCAUAUACUGGUGUGCAGGCUAAUGAUGCUACAUCCACUGCUGUGGAUAUUACACCACCUAAGACCUACUCAUCGUCAGAGAUUACGCAGUUUGUAUUCAACUACCCGUUAUUUGGACAGUACAUUGAAUAUCAUCCAAGUUGCACCUAUGGAUGCCCUUUUGUCAAGCUGGAACUGUAUGGCCAUCCCUUUUCUUAUCCUGAUCAUCAUUGGACUUUUCGUUCCGGAUCCAUUCAGGACCAAGUGACAUUUAAAGACCUUUCCUCUCGACAACCUUUAGCAUCAGAUGAAGAAGGUGUUUACUUUGGAAAUUCUACAGAACAGAGAAUUCAGACUACAAAGUUACAAGGCGAAAAAAAUUGUUUCAAUAAUCCUGAUAGUUGCACAUCUGGAUUUUCAGUUGCCUUCUCAUCAAAAGUUCCCAAUACAAGAUCAAAAGGAGUCAAGAAAAGUUAUGAUAUUACAGUAGCAUCUACUUAUGACACAACUUGCAAAACCAGUAAUUUUGACUUUGCCAAUAGCAUUGGUGUAUACAUUCCUGAUGUUCAAAUACAAAAGAAAGUCGAAGUGCUAAAUGACGUCACUCUAAAGUUAUAUUAUACACAGGAUGGCAACACUGGAGAAAUUAAAAGAAGAGCAAGAUUAUUUAUUGUGUCUGAUUCAGCUUUUGUAACAAACUGUGAGUACACAAGCAAAAAAGAGUUAUUAUCGAAAGAUGUCAGAAUAAAACGCACUAAUGAAUAUUUGGAAAUCUUAGAUUUAAGAUCAUUGUUGGCAAUGGCAGUUAAAUCCAUGAAUUGGUAUUCCAGUGUAAAAAUUGCAAUUGUUUUUGAAUUAAUUCCAGGAAAUAUAGAUGUUUUAAAUUUUCCAGUGUUGGGAAGCGUGGUGGGAAGAUUGGAUAAUUUUAUUUACUAUGCAUGUGCUGCUAAAAUAUUUGAUUAUGUUGUCAGUGUUAAUACAGCAACAUUUUCAGACAAAGUGUCAUGCUCCAACACUAACUACCAGGCUUCUAAAGCUCAUCCUUCGCAAACUUACUUUUGGAAAGACUGUAAUCCUGGUGAUAACUAUCUACAAGUGGACCUGCAGGAAGAACAAUUUGUGUUUACACUUGUUGCAUAUGGUGACAAAACAGGUUCACCUCAUCAAUUUACUUUAAAAUAUUCCUCAGACAAUGUGGAUUGGAGAGAUGUUGUUAAUGCUGACUCAAGUAUACAUAUGUUCCAGAAAAAGGAAUACUUUAUUGAAUAUCUUAGUCUUCCAUUUCCUGUUUAUGCCAGAUAUUUGCGUGUUCUACCUCUAACCUUUCGUGGAGAAGUUUUUCAAAUGAAGCUGGAUGUUGUUGUCUGUGAUUCUUCUGAGAGUAUAUACAUUACAAAUGCUGCUUGGGUGGACAAAGUUUUCUUAACUAACGAUGAAUCAACUAUGGUGAUAUUAUAUUAUGGAUCACCAUAUACACUCUUCUAUAGCCACCCGGUUGGUACUACUGGCAUUGAAGGCAGUUAUACAUAUUUGGUUAAAAGGCUUCUCUGCAAAAGGAAUGCUGUUAAAGUGGUGUCUGUUAAUAAAAUCUAUGACGUUAGAGACGCACAUACUAAAACAAUUCGAAAUGUCUCUACUGCAGAAGAUCUAACUCCAAACGGUUUACAAUGUUCUGAUUUUUAUAUAGCUCUUCAAUAUACAAUUUGCCAUGGAACUGAUAACGUCUUCUACCAUUGUCUUUCUGCAGGUGCUUGUUUUGUAGCAGCGGCUCUGAAAGUUGUUUCUCAGAUUGAUGUAUCAGAGAGCAGAAGAACCCUUUAUGUCAUCGAUGCCAAUGAUCAAUUUGUUUACAGGCAUGCAAUAGGUGAAACUGUACUUGUAGGAAGUUGGGAAAAGUUGGGAAAAGUAUGCUCUUAUAUCAAAGUAUCAAGAAUAGGCGAUUUGUGGUGUCUUAGUGGCAAAGAUAUAUAUCUGUUGAAUGAUGACACUCAGCAAUGGCAACUUGCAGUCAAAAAUAUUGAUUGCAAAAGUUUUGAUGUUGGCAGCAAUUUCAUUGUUUAUGCAGGUUCUAAAAGAGUUGUGUUAAGGAUACCUUUAUCAAAAGGUUUUAGUGCUGUGCACAAGGUGGGAAGUCACCAAAUUGGAAUAUCUAACAUUAAAGAACGUUCAACAGGAAAAAUUACAAGUUGGGUGUCUAACCAGAAAAAGGUUUAUACCAUUCAAAUAGAUUCAAUUGGCAUCGUUCAAGAUUGGACUGUUUACCAUGACUUAACAGCAUCGAUCAAAGAUUGCAUAUUUGUGCCAAAUCUUCCUUCUGAUUCCAGCAUUUGCAUAGAAUCUCAGAGCAUCAGUUAUGCUGAUAAUACCGAUGUUCUUUUCACCGCGCCAGCUGCAAUUAGCUCAAAAGAUAUUUAUGUGGGAAAUAAAUAUAUUAUUUAUAUUGAAGAUGUUUCUGGCUACGUUGGAAGGAUUGAUUGGACUGACUGGACCUUUAAAGGGUACGUUGCUCAAACAGAUAAUUCGAUUGAAAAGGUCCAUUAUGAUGAAUCCAGUGAACUACUGUACGCACUUCAUGCUGAUGGUAAUAUAUAUACACAUACUAAAGGCAAAGCAACAUUGUUUUUAAAUGGACCGUGUUCUGACUUUGUAAGAGAAUCUAAUCAAAUUUAUUGUUUGAGAGAUGGAUAUAUAUAUGUUAGUGGAGUACAUAAUGGAAUUUUAACAUGGGUUUUAAUGUUUGAUGAAAGACACUGUGAUGCAUUUGUGGUUCAACAAAAUUCUUACAUCUGCUUGGUCACAGGAGAUGGAAUUUAUUUAAAAUACAAAACUCAAGAUGAACCACAAUCAAACGAGCGUGCAAUCAUAUCCAAUGGUUUGCAAAGAUCAAAUGGAAAAAGUUUUGGAACAGGAUUUCAAAUUUCAUAUUCAGAUCUUCAUUCAUCUUUUAUUGUAGCAGUUCAGACAUCAUUAAAGAUUUGUGAAGCUGUGUAUCCUACUUCGUUUAUUAAUGAUAUAUCGUCAUGGAACACCUAUUCGUUUUCAUGGUCAAAAAUUAAAAACAAAUUAUUUUUAUACAUUGAUGGAAAGGAGGUAUAUACAAGUGCAUGUGUUGAUGGGACCAACACGGAUGUUGCUUCUCAUUAUUACAUUAACAUAGGAAGGUUCUAUGAUCACCUCUUUUCUUAUGUGUCUGGUUUUGGGUUAAGAGAUUUAAAGCUUUGGGGAAACUUUUUCAAGAGUGAAGAGCAGACAACAAUAUUUCAAAGAAAAGGUCUCUCUGGUAUUAACCAAUUUGGCUAUCCAGGCAGGGACUGCCAAAAGGUGGUUGUAAAUAAUGAUGAGGAGGACUGGUAUUGUCUUGACAAAAACAAUAUCAUAAAAAGACAUGCUAUGAAACCAGCUAAAACAAGAACUCGUUAUGUAAACAGAUGGAUUUAUCAUUCCGAAAAAAAUUGUUCAAAGUUGGAAUACUUCUUAAAGCAUUUAUUUUGCUUGGAAUCUGAUGAGAAAGUGAUUUAUAUUUGGCUUAACCAAACGUGGACAAGUUUACAACACUCUCAAAAAGCAGUGGACUUUGCAUUGUUAUAUGAUGAAGUGCACAUUGGAUUUAUCGGGAUGGAUGAAAAAAUCUACAAAUUCUCCAUUUCAGAAUUUCUUAGUUGUCAAGAAAAUUCGGAUGCAGCCUGCCCUGAAGAAGAAAAUUUGGAUAAUGCAAAAAAAAAAUAUAUUCAGUAUAGCAAUGGAAAGAAUUAUUUCUUUCAUGUUAAUAAUGAUGAAAAAAUGGAAGUAACUUCAUACAAUGGUGCAUGGAGUUCUACGCUUGAUACAUUUGAUAAGACAAUUUGCUUGACUAUUCUGGUGUAUGAAGAUUUUAUUUGGUGUUUAAAGAAGGAUGGAUAUGUGUAUCGAAAGAAUCAAGACAGAUGGGUGUUAGAAAUGAAUCGAAAAUGCAGUGAUUUUAAGAUUACAAAUGACUAUGUUGUUUGUGGAAAUAACUCUAUAUUCGUGCAAUGGAGAGUGAUUAACGAUGCGAUUACGUUUUCUGAAGAGACUUAUCAAAACAGUGAAAGGGAUGGUUACCGCAUCACAGGAGCAUGCCCUAGUCAAAGUGCUGGUCCCUGCUAUGACAUAGAUUUGUUUUUGGCUGCAGCUCAAGUCCUAUCCAAAAAGUCGUUCUAUCUUGGCACAGAAAAGGUUGAUCAUUAUGAAAGUGAAAUGCGUUGUUUAGCAUCUGGUGGAAAUCUGGCCAGCGUUCAUAGCAACGCAGAGAUGGUCUCUGUAUUCAACACCCCAGGCAAGUAUUCGCUGGAAUCGGAAAAAAUCUGGCUAGGAUUACGUAAGAGAAAGUGGACAGAUUCGUCUAGUUACAAUUAUAACAGAUUUGAAGGUGGCAGUGAUAAAUGCGCGUAUUACCAAACUGAUGAUGAUGAUAUGGAUUGGAAGUCGGCAAAUUGUGAAGAUCACAACCAAUUUGUCUGUCAAGCUUAUGGAUCAUUAUUGCUGAAAACUUUGGUUCCUUCAGAAAUGUCUUAUAUCGACACAAAUGGCGUUUGCAUCAUGUCACCUUAUUUGGAAGACAAUACUGAAAUACUAGCUCUGUUUGAUGAACCAACACGUAGGUUCACAACCUUCUACUUCACAUUGAAAGACCUGGAAGCAAAUAGUUAUAUUGAAAGUGCGUAUUUGACAUACAUAGCCAAAGAUUCAUCUGAUCGUACUGAGUAUCUACAUAUUGCCAUUCUUAGUAAUAAAACCUGUUUGAAUAUACCUAUCAGCGAAUUGGGAAUGCACUUGGAAGAUAUCGUUCCUAUUCACUGGCCAUUAGAAACAAGCAAAGUAAAUGAGAAGGUCUUCUCCCCAGAUAUAUCCACUAUGCUUAGGAAAUAUGUGAAGAAAAACAAGCUCAGUGGAUUAGAUGAAAAGAUGGCUAUUAUUAUUUAUUGGCAAUACGGAUCUACUACGACACGUCUCACAACAAUUAACAAGUUUAACCUCAAAAUUUCUUACCAAUAUAGAGACUACAGUAAUUUUUUACUAUUUCCAUCCCCAACGUCAUACAAAUGGAAACAUCCAGCAUUUUUCACCUCACCUGCAUUUCCAGCAAGUCAAGUCACCUUUCAAUUUUGGUAUUACAUUUAUGGUGCGAACGUUGGAAAGUUGCUUGUUUGGUUGAUCGACACAUCAAACACGAAGACACCUUACCUCUUUUUUAAAUAUGGAUCUUCUAGAAAAAGGUGGUAUCAGGCGAGAAUUAAUCCUGGCUGGCAAGGGGUAUCUACAAAGAUGCAUUUUAUUGUCCUUGGACAAACAGGUAGACAUGCUGAUAUAGCCAUUGACUCAAUUGAAGCGUCUGAGUUGGAUUUCGGUUCAUCUGGUCUACCAGCAAUAGCAAAGUCUGGAGAAUAUGGUCUUCCACAACCAAAGCUGUUGUACCCUUUCAAGAAAACAACUAAAGAUUAUGGCCUAUAUGAAAAAGAUUUAACUCACUUUGAGACAUUGUUAAGUGAAUGGACUUCAGACAAAUUUAUGUAUCCAAUGCACGCCUUGAAAGUUGUGAAGGAUAGCAAUUCUGCCAUCUUGCAAGCUGAAGAAAUAAGAAACAUGAGUGCGGAUGUCACUUCUCAAUUCUCUGUUUUGUUUCAUCUUAAAUUCUACCUACCACUUGAACCAGUAAUAUUCUCGCAGUUUGGAAAAACAGGAGAAAAUGUGAUGCAAAUCAAAUUAGCUGAAGACAAGUUGAUCCUGGCAUGUAACGAUGUAGAUAUAUACACAUCCUCGUGGAGUUUUGUGAACAACACAUGGACGUAUCUUGCAAUUGUAUAUGCAAAUGAAAAACUGUCUGUUUAUGUCAAUAAUACAAUUGACCAUCAAGUUGUUUCAUUAGAAGCGUCAGAAAUUAUACCAUUUCCUGAGAAUGUUUAUUUCUUUCGAGAACCAGCAAAUCUUGGACAAACACUCAAUGUUUUUUAUGAGGGAUUGAUUUCUUGUUUUCAAUUUUACAAUGAGAGUCUGUCAUCGAAGCAUGUUGAAGCAUUCGAGCUCUGUCCAGAUAGGUUAGAUAACGUAUGGUGUCCUCAUCAAUGUCAUCAAAAUAGCUUAUGUAGCCCUCUUAAAGGAGGUUGUGUGUGCAAUUCAGUUUUGGAAAGAUAUCAUAGCAAAUUAACCUGUAGAAACGUCUUAACGGACAGGUUUUUCCAAAACAUCCUAUUUGAGAGAACGUUUGAUACAUCUUUAAACGACGAAAUUGAGCAGACAUACAAAGAAAAGUCCCCAGUAAAUCUUGCGCUGUGUGUUAAUGAUACCAAUGCCAUCAUUGCAACCUUAACGAAAAGUUGCAUGCUUGACUUAGAAGAAUGUGUGAGCUUUGUGCUAACCUUUUCACUGUACAUCGAAGAAGACAGAGACGAUAGAUAUGUAACGUUUUUCAGAUUCGGCAAUUUUGCUCUUAACGGUAAUUUUACGCUUACAAAUCCAGGAUUUGCUGAAGGUGAGAUAAGAUGGGAAUCAGAUGUUAGGCUAUGCAUCAAACAGUUUACCUUAUCAUUGAAGGCGUGGAUAUAUUUCAGCGUAAAAGUCGCUUCUCAUCGGCUGGAAUAUGUGACCAUUAAUGGACUGGAUGUCUCGUCUGGUGUCAUUUGUGAAGACGAGUCUACUGCGUUGUCUAGUAAUGCAGAAUUAUCCUUUGGUAAUGUUUCAAAAAUUUGUAUCGAUGAGAUCUUUUUGGAGAAAUGGCAGAUGGGAACGGAAGAUUUAAAAAACAAAUUUUAUGAUGUUCUAUCCAAACGAAAUCUAGGCUGGAUUGGCAUAUCAGAAGUGGUAAAUUCAGUCAACGUUUACCCGCAAUUCGAGCUGUUUGUCUCUUGCAACACCACGCUGUGGCAUGAUGAUCUUAAAGAUCCGUUCUCUUUGAAAUAUCAGGAUGUUUCAGAAUAUAUUGAAGAUUUGGUUGGUUCAUUUGCUAGGGCAAAAUCGUCGUCGGUUUAUGCUGUUAAUACAGCGCGUUUCUCGAUGGGAGAAAACGAUACAACCAAUGCGUACCUUUUCGUGACCAUACGUAACUAUUUUAACACUUAUAGCGCAGAUGCGUUUGUGGGAAAGACGAGUUAUAAAAAAAAUUUUCGCUAUUGUGAAAUAGAAAGAACAAAGACGACAGUAGGACUUCACCACACAGCUCCGAAUUUCACAGUGGGAAUGUUGAACGCGUACACUAUGCAGUUUAAUAUUUCCAAUACUGACACCUUGGUGAGGCGUUAUCACAAAGGAUUUUUAGUGAAAGCUUCCAUUCAAUAUGUUAGCUCAGGUGUAGAACAAACCGUGGAACGCAGAUAUUUUUUAACUGGAGGUUCUACAUUUUUGUAUACGGAUAUUAUUACUUACCGAAGUUAUAAUUUGCAGAUAUACGCUGUCACGCAUGAAGGGUUUAGCCCAACAAGCGAGACACAAGUCAUAAUAACACCCUCCACAGCCAACAUCAUUCCGCCAUCGUUUAUCAGCGUCCUACCGCAUAACGAAACUUCAAUUCGACUUACUUGGAAUACGUACCCAAUGGAAUAUUGGAAUUCACCGACUUUUUAUGGUUUUAAACUAUUUUACGCAAGAACCCCUGUCGAAGAUAAUGUAACCCUCUUCGAUUCAAUUGAUAAUACAACAGCCACGGAAUACAUACUGACCAACACUGGUAUUUUCACUGAAUACCGCUUUUUUCUUGGAACUGUGAACAAGGAUGGGCUUGGUGCUUUGACACCAGGGUAUUCAGAACGCAGUGGUCAAAGCGUUCCUGAAAUGGCACCUAACGUAACAAACAUCACUUUGAUAGAUUCGACGACUGUUAAGAUUUCAUGGGAUUUGUUGCCUGAUGAUAUUGAUAUAUACAAUUCCUACAUUCUAAAUGGAUACAAAUUGUACAUCUUUCCAAUGUUUCCCUCCCUUGCCGUUCCAGAAGGAAGCCUAAAUAUUACACUCGCGACCGAUAGUAAAAAUGUUUCUUCACUCAAUCAUUCAAACGUGGAUAACCCUAUGAUGCCGUAUAAAUUUUCAAUAUGGGCAUUCAAUGACUAUAUUGGAGAAAAUGUUAAGAAUGAAUACUGUUUCGCGUUCGGUAGAACAGUGCCUGGACGCAUUCAAACCCUAAACAUAACAUUUGGACCUCCAAUGCCGAAUGACCUUACGUCAAUCAACAUAAGUAUUGGUGACGUUAGACUCCAAAACGAACAUACAGUGAUUAGAUAUUACGAAAUCAUGUAUAAAUCACUCGACUGGGUGGACAACUACACAACGCUUAUACUUAAUAUUUCCCAUACUCUUGAGGAAGAAGAAUAUUGGAAAUACCUCAUAAAUGUUUUCCUUGACUGUGAAGAAAUUAGAUAUCCUGUUGCGUCUUCGAAGAUGAUGUACAGUUUACGUUCGGUUUAUUAUUACACAAAUUAUACAAUGACAGGAAGAGCUUGCAGUGACGAAGGUUGUAGUAAUGAAAAUCUAACCAUUGAAUUCCGUACUGCAGAACAUUCUCCCUUUUGUCCACCCUCAAAUGUGAAGCUUUUUAAUACAAGUUCAACAUCUCUUAAACUCACAUUUGAUGCCUUAUCUCGUCCCUGUCUAUCAGGCGAAUUGCAGUUUUAUGGAUUGGUAUUGUUAGAAACAGAGAUUUAUCACGAUGUUGUGAGAGAAAACGUCAGUAUAGCAGACCUUAUAUCAAACGCAACUUUUUAUAAUGAAUCAUUGUCCAGGGAAGUUGAAUAUUUUGGUUUACAUGAAUAUUGGAAUUAUACAAUACUUACAUUUGCACAAAAUAAUGGUGGUAUGGGUGUUGUUUCUGAUCCAAUUUACAGUAUGACCGACCAAGAUAAACCACAUGGAACAGUUACGUGUAGUAUCUCACAUACUAGCUCUUCAUCGUUUGAACUUAGCAUCGGUAAACCUGAGAGGCUGCUUCAAAAUGGUAUCUUUCACUAUGAAGUACACAUUAUUGAUGCAUUUGGAAGUAUGAUUAAUCGUACUGUUGAAGUUCAAAAUGAUAUCACACAGUCUGUGUUCACAAAUUUGACGAAAUUCACAUUUCAUAAUAUUUCUGUAAAAGCAGUGACGAUCAAAGGAGCAGGACCUGUACUUGACUUGUACGAACGAACUUUAGAAGACGUUCCAAGUAAACCUCCUGACCAGUUUCUUAUACAAAAUAAAACAAACGAUUCGUUCACUUUAACGUGGCAAGAAAUACCACCCCUGUCUGUACACGGCGUCCUCCAGCAUUUUCACAUUUACGGUAAAGGUUUACUACGCAAUGGUUCGUGGCACUCUUUACAUGAAGAUGUAAAUACAUACAACCAUACGUUUAAUCUUUUUCCUGCAACUAAAUAUGAUUUCUGGAUUGCUGGUUGUACUAACCCUGGAUGUGGAGCGACUACACAUUUAUAUGGAGAAACGCAUGAAAUGGUCCCAUCUGGAACUGUCAACAACUUUCGAGCUGAAACAAUCACAUCGGGCAGUGUAUACCUCGAAUGGUUGCAUGUUUUUUCAAUGCAAAGACGUGGUGACAUCAUCGCAUACAAAGUUAAUGUCACAAAUAUCCUAAACUCUUGGCAGACUGAUGAUGAUAUUAGGUCUGUAAUUUGGACAACAAAUUUGACACACCUGUUGGUAUACGGGCUUGCUAAUUUCACGUCAUACACUUUUUCGGUUAAAGCUUAUACAAAGAUUGGUGCUGGACCCUCUACUGCUGUUAAAACAUAUAAAACACUACAAAAUGUUCCCAGUUCUCCUCCGCUAAAUGUAACUGGCUACGAUACCAGUAGUAGUAGCUUAAAUAUAAGUUGGAUACCAAUAGCAAUUAAUUACCACGAGGGAGUGCUGCUUGGUUAUAACAUAUCUUAUAAGGUGGUUGAUGGUUUUACUAAAAUUAGAGGUGGAAGCACUGAAGGCUUUGUCAACUGUAGUCAUAACGACAUUUGGGAAGGAAGCUGCGAAUUAACAGAUCUUUCUCUUAAUACACCUUACACCAUUUAUAUUGCUGGUUUCACAAAAAUUGGUAACGGACCAUGGAGUGAGCCGAUUAAUGCAACUACGGGGGAGUUUGUUGAUGGUAACUGGACACUUUGGACAAAUUGGGGUAGCUGUUCAUUGAGUUGCGGAUUGGGUACAGCCAUGCGACAGCGCUGGUGUGUCAAUCCACGCCCUGCGUUAGGUGGCAAAGAUUGUGAAGGUGACAGCAGAGAAUUUAGAUACUGCAAUAACAUUCCUUGUCCUGGUUAUUAUUUGGCUAAACGUGGUGAAAAUUGUACUCGAACUUGCACGAAUCUGGGACCUGUGUUUGGCUGUGCUUUGCAGUUGCACACAGAAAACAACACGCAUCAUUUUCACGAAACCAUCGAUGCAUACAACUUCACUAAGCUGACACAACUUUCUUGCAAUACAACCGCGUUGACCAAAAACUUUAGAUUUAUGUACGAUCCAAGUUAUAUUGUGAAUGGAGGUGUUUGCCGUGGUUAUAUUGGUGUGAAAUCUGAUAGAGUGGAUUGUAGAGCAACGCCAGGAAGUGAUAUUCGAAGGUUGUGCAACUGUAUUGAUAAAGUAUCUGCACAGUAUACUGAAUGGGCGAAUUGGGGAUUAUGCACGAAAAGUUGUGGUACAGGAUCUUAUCAACGAUAUAGAGAAUGCAUUCUGGAAGGUGGAUGUACUGGAAAUGAUCUGGAUGUACAAGACUGUAACACACAACCAUGCCCAAUUAAUGGCAUCUGGGGAGAAUGGACACCAUUUAGUAAUUGUUCUUCUACAUGUGGUUUUGGUUACCAAAAACGAAAACGAUUUUGUGAUUCUCCUGCUCCUGAAUUCAAUGGUUCGUAUUGUGCAGGGGAUAUCGAUACAGAAAUACUAGAUGGCUGCAAUCCGAUGCCAUGCCCUGUUCAUGGUGAAUGGGCGCCGUGGGAACCUGUCUCCGAAUGUAAACACUCCUGUGGAGACGCUGGUCAUAGGAUACAAAAGCGAUACUGUGCAAAUCCUGCACCUUUGUACAAUGGAGAUGAUUGCGUUGGAAAUAAUGAACGAAAUUUUACUUGCCCUGGAACUAGUGCUUGUAUACCUGCUUAUUACCGUUUCUUAACGCGAUUUAUUGAGGAAAAAUGGAACUAUACCAUGUAUAACCUAGCAAGCGAAUACUCAAGAAAUUUAAGUUCACGCAUCAAAAGUGAGAUAAAGAACUUCUACAGAACCACAGAAGUUAGCGAUCUUGUAGAGAACAUGGUGAUAGUCUUUCACGAAAUGAGCAAGGGUAGCGUGAUUGUUGACUUUUCCGUUCGAUAUGAAGGUGUACCGCAUAUGGAAGCUAUGCUACUACAGCACACAAUAGAAGAAGGCAUGCUUUACACCAUGCCGGUCGGGUUAAACGACAUCUCUGUCGCUUCCUUACCCGGGGAGCCUCCUCCGGAGGUGACUGCAGUUUCAUUAGAUCCAUUUAAAAUUCUUGUCUCGUGGGAUGACGUGAAUAAAACUGUCUUGCAUGGAACUUUCUCCUUGUAUCAAGUUUUCUUUAAAAAGUUGGAUGGAAAUGAAAGUACAUGGGAUAAUUUUGGUACGAGAAAUUUAUCACUCAAGAUUGUAGACUUGCAGCCAGUAACGUGGUAUGGUAUAAGAGUAUUAGCUGCAAUCAGCUCUGGAAAUGGUGUUGCGAGUUCGCUGAUUAAAGUUAAAACUUUAGAAGGAGUUCCGUAUAUCGCCCCACCAUCUUGUGAAAAGCAAAUACUGGAUUCGAAUACAGUAUACUUCUCAUGGAAGAAAAUACCUCACGCACAAGUUCCUGGAAUAUUGCGUGGAUAUAGAAUAAGAUAUCGAGAAUAUUAUAAACCUAACGCAUGGCAAGAAGUUGUUGUUGAUAACACAAUGGGUCAAAUUACUAUCACAAACUUAAAAGCGUACACUUUUUAUUGGUUUGAGAUCUCUGGCUUUACCAAUGCAGGAUAUGGACCUUUCGAAGUAUUUGUGUUUCGCACUCCUCCUGGGGCCCCGUCCAUAUUUCCGCCAAACGCAACAGUUGAAGAUCGCUACUCGACAUCAGAAAUGUUUGUAACAUGGGAUGCUAUUCCACUGGAGUUUAGGAAUGGAUAUUUAUCAGGCUACAGACUCUUUUAUAGAAAGUAUCAACAAUCCGGACAAGAUCUUGUCUCUCAACCGUAUACUAUCAUUACGUUCGACCAGUUUACUUUUGAGUACAAAAUGACCGACUUGGAAAGUUAUACGAAGUAUGAGAUUUUAUUGCUUGGAUUCAACACUUACGGUGAUGGACCCAUCUUAACAUUAUACGCAGAUACGUGCAAAUGUCCAAAGUAUGUGUUUAGUAAUUGGUACGACUACAAACCAUACAUUGGUCAAGUUGGUAAAAUAGAAGGCGAUGUUGAGGGUUUAUUUCCUGACAUUCUGAAGAUGGUGGUGAAUAACGUAUGUACUGAUUGCAAAUCAUACCGACCAUCGCUAUAUUAUAACAGAACCAAGAGUGGACGAACUUCUCAAAAAGAAGAUGUUGAUGAAGUGAAAAAGUAUCUGGACGGUGAUGUUCACUUGUCUUUUCCUAUCUUUGGAAGAUUCGCAAUAACUCGAUUUGCUGGAACAUAUCCAUUUGUCGGUAUUGUUGCAUCUCAGGGAAGCGCCUUAAUUGUUUAUCAACCAGAGUACAAGACUGUUGGAUUCUUGAAUAUCCUUACUGCAGUGUAUGCUGCUUGGCCCGUAAUUCUGAUAGCUAUUUUAUUAGCGACAAUAAUGGGAUGGGUCCUUUGGUUCUCCGAACAAUAUGUAUCUGAGAGUGACAUCACAAGACAGAGGUCUGUGUAUGGCGCGUACGAAGGAUUUUGGCUUUCAUUUAUCACUAUGACGACGUUAGGAUAUGGAGAUUAUGUAUCUUCGUCUAAUCUAGCUAAAGCUCUCAUGAUAUGGUGGAUUUUGAUUGGUUUAUGCAUAAUCAGCAUUUUUGGUGGUGCUGUCUCAUCUGGCAUGAGUGUGAGCGCUAUGGACACUAAAUAUAAAUUAUACGGAACAAAGGUCGCAGCCAUUACUAAUACAUUCGAGUUCCGCACAGCUAUUCUCCGCAAUGCUAUUGUUGACAAAUCAAGAAAUUACACGAAAGUAACGGAUGUUUUAGACGCCGUGGAGAAGGGUGAGGUUGUUAUUGGAAUGAUUGAUGCUAUCUCUACCAAAGGUUAUACCGAAGAAUUAAAAAGAAGAAGCCUAAAGAUAUAUGAAAUUUUGGAUUUGAAGAGCGGAUACGGAGUUAUUUUGUCGGCAGAGUUUGCCAGGGUGGAAGAUGAUAUGAGAAGUUUUGUUUCCUCAAACCAAGCUGAGAUCUCCCGGUUUGUACAAAAGAAAAUUGGAUUGUUGCAGCCAUUUGUAACGGUUGUAGAAGAGUUGCUUCUUACACCCGAAGAAUCCACCUCCAUAAUACUGACAUUGUGUUACGUAUACUUAGCCAUGGCAUUUGUUGGCAUAUGUGUCUCCUAUAUAAUUAAAUGUUACAAAAAGAGAAAAGUCCAUCCUGUACAGCCAACACCAGUGCUGAUUCAUCAAGAGCUGAGUGAUCUCCGCGUUUUUUUCGAAGAAUUUAAGUUAGGAUAUCAGCAAAAGAUGAAGAAACUUGAAGAUAAACACACCGAUGAGCUGUUUCGACUUGUUGUUUUGAAAAAAAGCUACACAAGACAGAUGUUAAGAGCCGGCUUGACUCCAAACCUAGACGUUAAGUCAACAGUGAAGAAGGAAAGGAAGAAGCUCAAAGUUGUUGUCGACUCUCCGCCGCCUGUGCAAUUAAAAAAGAAAAAGAAGAAAAAAGAAAGAAAAAAGGAAAAGGAAUUAAAAAUAGAAGAAACGGUACCCUCUGUCAUUGAAAACAAUGAGGUGAUUUACGAACGCAUAGCGUAUGAGACAAUGCCAGAUGCGCAGACAUACCAGAUGCACAAUACUGAUGAUAGAUUAUUGUAUGGCAUGUGGAGGAACUUUGAACAGAAAAAAGAACGCAAACAGGAAGAAAAGCAACAACAAAAACAAGAAAAACAAAAAUCAGAAGAUCUUAAACGUAGAGAAAAGGAGAAUGAAGCUCUCAUAAAAUUGGCUUUGGAGAGAACCCGUGUAAUUCUUGUACAAGAUUCAUCCGUUGAUAAUGUUUGAGUCAGAAAUAUUUUAUUUAUAUGCCUUCCAUAACAAUGAGGAAAUGUGUUUUAAUUUCUGAUAUGCUAACAAUUUAACUCUGCACUGUAAAAAAGUUUUACGCUACACAAAAAGCGAAAAAAUGCACCUUAAAGAUACCAUUUUGGUCGAAGCACGGUGACACGAUUUUACAGAACAAGCAGUACUGAGAAUUUUAAAUUAUUGUAAUUGCAGAAAUAACACAAGAGUAACUUUCUUA